AUGUCAUUGUCAUCCAUGUUGCUAUCGCCGCUAUCACCAGCACAGCUGUCAUUUGCUACCAGCGUUGCCGUCGUCGCUUUACCAACUCUCCACGGCAAAUGCGUUUUGAUUGAGGGACGUUUGGCUACCUGUAAUCUUGCAUGGGAUGGCCUAAACAGUACUUCGGGGACUGGUGAUUUAGCACUGAGAAAGAUAUACAUUGGAGGUCUUUCUCCAAACAUAUCCAGCGAAAUCUUGCUCAAUUUCUUCGGUAGGUAUGGUGAGAUUGAAGAAGGUUCGGUGGCAUACCAUAAGGAGACUAACAAAUCAAGAGGAUUUGGUUUUGUCACUUAUAGGACAGCUGAGGGUGCAAAGAAAGCCAUAGAUGAUCCAAAUAAGACUCGGGGUCGGCUAUACAAAACACUCAGUUUUCAUUUUUGCUCACAACAAGUAUUUCUUGUUGCCCCCUCAACAAAAUCUUUACAUAUACAGGGAAGGAACAUUACUGCGAAGCUAGCUGAUGCCCCUAGGAGCAAAGUAAUACAAGCACAAGUUCCGACUGCUGUUGUCCCUAUGCACAUCCCAGUUCCUAUUGGAUAUGCACCGAUGGGAAAGGCACAGGUGGGCAGCUAUGCUUCGUAUCCACCAACAAUGGCAGCAUAUCUCACUGCUUAUGCCUCAACCCAGUUCACAACUGCAGCACAGGUUUCGCACCCACAGACAGGGAAAAGGAAACAAGUUGUAGUGCCUGCCGUAGAGUCAAAUGGAGUUACUGGCUAA